AUGGCCUCAGAAUCAACUCCUGAAGUACUCUUACAAAAUGAUGGAGAUUACGACGACGAAAUGCAGGAGAUGGCAUUUGCCAAGAGAGGGUGUUGUUUCUGCAUACCAUGUUUCUCGUCGGAGCGAUCGACGGGAUCGCUUUGGUGGGAGCGAAUCACAACGGCGGAGAAGGAGGAGAAGUGGUGGGCCAAAGGGUUGACGAAAAUGAGAGGGUGGUCGGAGCUCGUGGCCGGACCGAGGUGGAAGACUUUCAUCCGCCGGUUCAACAAGAACCGGAAUAGCGGGAGGAGCAACUCGAAAUUCCAAUACGACCCCUUGAGUUACGCGCUCAAUUUCGACGAGGGUCCGGGGCAGAACGGUAAUUCAGAUUGUGAUUAUCCCGUGUGUGAUUUCUCUACCAGGUUGGCCUCCAUUACGACGUCGUCCGUGAAUCCGGUGAAGGAGGACGGGCCGUCAUCGCUCACGUGA